AUGGGCGAAGGGGAAGCAAAAACGUUCGUUCCGGAAUCGGUGGUGAAGAAGGAGAAAAGGAACGAGGAGUGGGCUUUGGCCAAAAGUCAGCAACUGGAAGCGGCAAAGAAAAAGAGGUUCGAAACGCGGAAAUUGAUUUUUAGCAGAGCUAAACAGUACGCAAAGGAGUACGAGGAGCAGCAAAAGGAACUAAUUAGGUUGAAGCGCGAAGCCAAGCUUAGGGGAGGGUUUUAUGUUGACCCCGAAACUAAGCUCUUGUUCAUCAUUAGGAUUCGUGGUAUCAAUGCCAUGGAUCCCAAAACAAGGAAGAUUCUGCAGCUUCUGCGUUUGAGACAGAUUUUUAACGGUGUCUUUCUUAAAGUGAACAAAGCAACCUUGAAUAUGCUGCAUAGGGUAGAGCCUUAUGUAACUUACGGAUACCCUAAUUUGAAGAGUGUAAGAGAAUUGAUCUACAAGAGGGGCUUUGGAAAAGUUAACAAGCAAAGAAUUCCAUUGACAGACAAUUCUAUUAUUGAACAGACUUUGGGGAAACAUGGGAUCAUUUGCAUUGAAGAUCUGAUCCAUGAGAUCAUGACUGUUGGACCUCACUUCAAGGAGGCAAACAAUUUUCUAUGGCCUUUCAAGCUCAAAGCUCCCCUGGGUGGUUUGGAGAAGAAAAGAAAUCAUUAUGUUGAAGGAGGUGACGCUGGCAACAGGGAAAAUUACAUAAAUGAGCUCAUUAGAAGGAUGAAUUAG